GCGUUCGAGAAGAGAAGCCGUACACUCUGCCGCCUUUGUUUGUUAUGGGCCCCACCUCGGGGCUGGCUCGUUGCGAUGGAGACGAUACGACGCCCCGUGAUAGAAACGCGUCGAACGCGGGGGCCUCCUCGCCUGAUGGAAAUGGAGCGCGCGUCCCCUGCUCACUGCCAGCUGAGGUCUCCUGCGAUCGCCGAACUGACGACGAGCACAGUGCGAUGAACUGAAAAGGGCAGCGGCAGGGGCAGCUGGCGAACGAUCGCAAACUCUCAACGCCACCUGCAGUCUUGAAUAUGUUAACAGAAAUCCGGCACGCCAUUGUUGCUGCUUGGACGUGAAAUGACCAACGAGUUGUGGUGAUUGGUUUAUUUGCAAAAACAAAAGACGGUCAUCAUUGAACAGUCAACUCAAAAGUAUAGAUACGUACAGACGGGUUGUCUCUUGCCAUCGCACAACAACUAUACCCCAUAUAGCCUACAUAUAGGCUGUUGAGGCAAGUGUUGUUAGCGAGCACCUAUUAAGGAAGGCACACAACACAGCUCGCACACUUUCAUCGACGUCAACAACAACAACAUUGUACGACUUUGAAAAAUAUUCCCCGGUCGAAUUGGGGAAACACGCGGCAUAAAAUCGUGCAUAGAUUUUAACAAAACAACAAUUCAAAAAAGGGCCCCACGAAGUCACCCAAGGUGAACACCAUGGCCGAGGUGGACAUCUCGUCAGCGGCGACCAAAAGCAUCCGUCCGUUCCGCUCGAGCGAGGAGUACUUGUACGCCAUGAAGGAGGACCUGGCCGAGUGGCUGAGCGCCCUGCACAGCCUCGACAUCACGGUGGACAACUUCCUGGAGGAGCUCGAGACCGGCACGGUGCUCUGCCACCACGCCAACACCGUGAACCGGCAAGCCGCCGAGUUCGCCGAGGCUCAGCCGCAAGCCGCCGCAACCAUGCAGCUGCCCCAGGGGGACCUGGCGUUCGCGUCGCGGGACGUGAAGACCCGCUCCUUCCAGGCCAGGGACAACGUCUCCAACUUCAUCGACUGGUGCCGCCACCGUCUGGGCGUCAACGAGUCCGUCAUGUUCGAGAGCAACGACCUGGUCCUGCGGCGCAACGAGAAGCACUUCGUGCUGUGCCUGCUCGAGGUGGCGCGGCGCGGCGCACGCUUCGGCAUGCUGGCGCCCGUGCUGGUGCAGCUGGAGCGCGAGAUCGACGAGGAGAUCCGCCUCGAGAGGCAGCCCGAGGCCCAGCCGCCGCCGCCGCCCGCCGCGCAGCCCCAGCGCAAGACGUGCGACCUCAAGAGCCUGGACGCCAUGGUGCGGUUCCUGCUCAGCCGAUGCACGUGCCCGGUGCAGUUCCCCAUGGUGCGGGUGUCAGAGGGCAAGUACCGCGUCGGAGACUCCAGCUCCCUCAUCUACGUCAGGAUCCUGCGGAAGCACGUGAUGGUGCGCGUGGGUGGCGGCUGGGACACCCUGGAGCACUACCUGGACAAGCACGACCCCUGCCGCUGCCUGGCCCCCACUCACAGGACGCCGGUCAAGGCAGGGGGCUCAUCGCAGCUCUCCAAAACGGCCAUGUCGGUGACCACGUCCAUGUGCCCGGAGCAGACCGGCCUGGGGCCCAGGUCGGGCUCGCAGCUUCGCCUCUCUGCGACGACCCACGACCUCCGGCCCUACUCCCCUCUCCCCGGGACCGCUGAGCACCGUGGGCAGGGAAGGGAGGGGACGGUUCCUCGCCCCGGGACCCCCGUGAGAAUGAGGGACGACGACCUCGGCGGUAAGAGCAAGGAGAGGCGGAGGCCCCUUUCGACCCACGACCCGUUCGUCGGCGUGCAGGCCUCACGCCCGAGAACCCCGUCGCUGCUCGAGCAGCAAGAGCAGCAACAGCAGACCGCGAAAUUGAGACCAACGAGACCUCGCAGCGAAGUGGAGCCGACUCCUCUACACAGCAGACCGUACUCCUCGGCGGAGUCGCUGACGGGCGCCCGGCCCGAUAACGAGCAGGUGCUGCUGCGGGUGCGGCGCAGCAAGGACGGCCGGCACGCGGUGACGCGCGUCACGCUCGCCGAGGUUGCGCCCUCGGCUCGUCGGAGGCGAUCGGAGGAGCCGCUCGAAGACGAAGCGUCCGGGGCGAACGGCCCUCCCGCCCGCGCGAGCCCGAGGCAGGGAGGGGUGGCUGCGGACGGCACCCGGCGGCUUGUGACCCAGCCCACCGCCGCUGCCGCCAUCAACAAAUAUCUUCCCUGCGCGCCUUCCAUGGACAGGGCCCGGUCACCGGUCCCGGCACGCUCUCUAGCGGUCUCCGGCACAAACAGCGUCAAGAGUUCCAGGUCGCUGGACGCUCGGCUGGAUGUGGUGAGCUACAGGGCGCAUCCCAACCGGCGAAGCGACCCUGUCCAGAGGGACGGCGCUUGGUCUCCGCAGGCAACGGCUCAGCUAGUUUACAUCGACGAGCACGGGAAAGAGAUGGAGCAGGACGACGACGAUGACGUCGAUGAGGACGCGAACGUCACGUGCAGGCCGCCGGGCGACCGCCCGCGUGAGGAGGAAGAGGAGCUCUACCGCCGUCUGGAGGAGGAGUUUCGGGCCAACAUGCUCAAGAACAAGCUUGACGCAACGGCCGAAGGAGGAGGAUUCGACAAUGAGAUGAACGACAGCGGAGUCGCCCCUUCUCUGUCGGGCUCCACACCCGCCGCAUCGCCGCAUCGCGACUUCUCCGACAUCGCCAAGGGCGACUCGGCCUACUCCUCCUUGCUCUCGCUCGAGACGAUGCACCCCAAGCACGGAGGACUCCCCAACGGCGCUCAACCCCGGGACCGCGCGAACAAAACCUCUCCCGAGGGCGUGCGCGACGAGUUCGCCUCCCCCCACCACGUGGGCCCGCCCUCCUCGCGUGGUGGGGGCAGCAGCAGCCACCCGGCGCUCAGGCACCUGGGCGCCAGCCUCGAAGUCGGCGGCACCCGCACGAUCGGCCCCCCACCGCGCGGUGUGUCGGACGAUUCGGGCAUGGAGCCGGUAGGGGCGAGGAUCUCGGUGAGCGUGCCGGCGGCCCAGGGGGAUUACGGCGCCGUCGUGGCCGAGCUGAAGCAGAGCUCCGUGCACCUCAAACGCGUCGACAUGGAUGGCUGGGGCAGCAAAGCGCCCGUGCUGGGCGCGCUCCGGCGCGACGGGACGUUCACGCGAAUGUCGAAGUCUGUGGACGAGGUGAGGGCCGUUGACCCGCAGCCCGCGGUGGAGACCGUGGAUAGAGCGUCGAAGAAUGGGCACCGUGACACGUUGACGAAAAGGCUGAUCCUCGGCGAAAGGUUUAGUGUCAUUGAAGACAGUCUCAGGUCGAAACUGGCGAAGGCGCCUCCCGUCAACAGUUCGGACGGUGCCGUCGAUGGUGAAUGGCGCUCAAGUGAAAGCAGCCAUGGCGGCGAUUCAGACAAGAUGUCGGAGGUGGCUGACGGCAGCGAGGUGAGCGCGACGCCACGGGUCGCAGACAAUAAAUUGCAGAAGGAAGGGGUGAAUGGAGCAACACGGGGUUUGCGAAAUUCAAUGGUGGCAGCAGCAGCAGAACCAAUUGCGUGCGGAGAAGAGAGGGCAUCCAGGAGGACGCAGCAGCAGCAGGCUCGGCAGGGCCUCUCUCGGCCGAGGAAGAGCCUUCGGAAGCCUGAGCGCGUCCCGUCCAUUUACAAGCUGAAGCUCCGCCCGAAGAUUCGUCCUCGUCGCGACCACAGGCCAGAGCAACGUCCCUCCAAAAUACCCACCCCCACCGUCUACAAGCAGGCCGAGGCUGGCGACAAGGAAGCCCCUAGUUCCGGGAGCCCAGAUCCUCCGUCGUCCCCCAACAAGCUGCGCUCGCGAAGCUUGCCAACACCACAGCCGCAACAUGCCACGAGUCCCCCUCAGAAUUUGAGGAGCUCCCUCAACUUGCAAAAUGGGGGCGGCAGCGGUGGCAGCGCAGCCGGCCUUCCUGCCUGCGUGGGAUCUCAAAGUAAGGUGGCCAGUGGGACGGCGCGAGCCACUUCCUCGGCCGCUAGCCAGGCGCAAGCGAGGCCCGGCGUGCCCCGAUACGCCGCGGCCCAAGUGGGCCGCGCUCCGUCCACGCGGGCCACGGGAAGGAGGCCGGGUCAAAUUGCCCGCGUUCCCUCCAACCGCUCCUCUGGGCGGCCCGCGAGCCGGCCGCUGCAGGGCGGCGGCGCGUCUCAGCCGGGUCGGGCCCCGAGCGUCAGGACGACGUCUCGGACGCCGUCGGCAAGACAGCUGGCGCGUAGGGGCUCCCGCGUGCGCAGCCUGCUCACGCCCAACGUGAGGGCCGAGGAGGAGCUGGGCUCCGAGGAGGACGUGUGGCCGCCACAGCACAGCGUUCCGCCGAGGGCGCACAUCGCAGGCCGCAGGCUGCCCUCCCCGCCGGACGCCAGCCCGUCGGGGCCUCGGGGCUCCGGCAGUAGCUCCAAGGCGCGCUCGGGGGCGGCAGCGGACGAGGAGUCGUGGGUGUGAUCAUGAGCGACCUGGCAGGGCCACUGAAAGUGCUUUGGCGGCCAGAGUGAAUUGCCCGAUGAAAGGGCCACCUCAGCCUUUUCUGAAGGCCAUCUCUGAAAGCUUCCGUGGCCAUUUCUGAGGCGCCUCCUAUAUGGCCCUGUGACCUGGUCCAUCUCGACGAGCCACUGGAUGUAAGUGUCUUCGGUGGGAAUCCAUUUCUGCACCAGCACCUUGGAUUGUGGGUGUGUGCAUAAUGUGAAUAACAGACCGAUCGGCAUGAUAGUAUUUUUCUGUGGUGGUGGUGCACAAUACGGUGUGGUGUUGCAUAAGCAAGAAUUUUGCAAAGAAUUAUGCACAACGCUCCAAUGUGUUCUGCUAUGCGUGUUGAGUGUCAAAUGCUAAUGUGAUCAAAUGGGCUGUGAAUCGCAAACAAAUAUUGAGCGUGGUGUGGCGACGUAGAUUAACGUAUCGCUCAGCGUAAGAAAACAAGUGAAGGGGGGAGAAAAACCUCGUACAAAUACUUCCUCAGCGACGUCAGUCCCAUCAUUGGUACAACUACAGUAAACUCUUGAUUAUAAUAAUUAGUAUUCUUACGAUAAUUUCGCUGCACAGUAUUUGGCCGCUCACGAAGAGAGAGAACAACUAAGAUGCGUGAGGGCGCCACGGACGAGUUGGAAAGGCAGCCAGGCGGUGAGCCGGGGUCCCUCUGUAUAUUACGGUGUUAUUAUCGGUCACUUAAUUGAACGUUUACAUGUGGGAGGAAACCGGAGCACCCGGAAAUAUCCCACGCCUGGAAGGGGGGCAACACGCUAUCCCACGCAGAUGUAGAAACAAAACUAUUCUCACUUGUACGUAUACACCGCGGCUAUAUAUACACUUACGUCGAGUUCACAUUUGCUGCACAGCACCGCCUUGGCCCGGCGAGCCCGGGAAUGGCUCCUCGACGCACAUUGGCAAGGGAGUUACACAACGCUUGUGUGAUCCACCAACCCUCCCUGCCUCCACAGUGCCGGAUUACAGCUCCACGUUGCAGCAUAGCCACCGCUGUGAUAACGGGGGGGGGGGGGGGGGGGGAGGUAAGGGGUGCCACCAACAACACGGAUAUUGCGAAACAUGUAAAGUAAGGCGACAACAAAGCACUUCAUAAUAAAGGGUUUUUGGGUAAGAUCGCGUUAAGUAUAAAUGUGUUGAAACCCUCCACCACCCGACACGGCCAAUCAGUAAGGGAUUUGUCACGUAAACAAAACGCCAAAUAGU